CAAUUUAGGUGAAAUUUCAUUACUCAAAUACCUCAUGUAUAAUGUCAACACCUAUUGAAUAUUAGGCAAAAUAUUAUUCAAAAAUUAGCAGUGGUCUUCCAUUUAUUACAACAUAAAUAUUUUAAUUUAAUAUGCAUAAAGAACUACUACUACUUACAAUUUUCUCAUUAUUGGUUCAUCAAAUUGCUCCAUCUUCACCUAAUGAUAUUAUUUUCAAUGAUUCGGAACAAGCUGAUUCCAUCCUCAGUAACAUAAAUCAAAUAGUGAAAAUUUCAUACAAGCACCUAAAUGAAAAAUUAGACACUCUAUUUCAAAGUUUCUACAGCGUUCAAAAGUUAUGUGAGGAAGGUGAAGCCUUAAAGCCAGAAAUUGUUAUGGAAUGCGUUCAAGAAUACGGCAAUACCCUAAGGGAAAAUGUAGAAGUACUCCCAGAAAAAUUGAUAGAUUUUAUCGGUGAUUUAAUAGAUUUGUACUGGACAGCGGUUGAAUCAAUGGAUAUAUUUGAAUAUCAAUCAUGAAUUAAAAAUUACAACUUCACAGAAUGUGCAUUGCUGAAAAAUUUUAGUGGAGUUAAGAAUAAAAUCGAGUGAUUAUUUACUGUUUAUACGUUUUCAAAAAUAAAUAUUCUUAAAAAAUUGGG